CAUGGUGGUCAGAAAAGAAAAACAGCUGUUCCUGUUCCAUGUUGGAAGUUAAUUAUAGUCUGUUUGUUUUACGCUUGAUUUGUUGUGUACGUGUACAUAACAACUUUGUAAAUGGUUUACUUAGGCAGAUAAACACAUGACUUAUGAGUAGGAUGUGUCAGUGAGUGUAAUUGUUUUGUACAAUGAUUGUUUAUGCCUUAAUAGUUCGUGCCGCAGAUGGCAUGGCACUUUCUGCCACUACAGACUUCAACGAUGAGGUUAAUAGGAACAUUAAGGAAAGUAAACGUUAUGUAAAGCUGCUUGCCAAAAAGGCGUACCAGUUUCCCGACAGAUGUACACUGAAACUUAAUACACACACAGUCCAUUUCAUUACGGCAUUGGGUCUGACGUACUUUGCAAUGUGUGAGGCUACAUAUCCAUCUGUUCUGGUGUUCAGCUUUUUGAAUGAAAUCAUGAAAGAAUUUGUAACGAAAUAUGAAUUGGCAAAAGUGAAUCUAAUUCGUCGACCAUACUCAUUUAUUGAAUUUGACAGUGUUAUACACAAGACGAGACAGCGAUACAAUAAGCCACAGAGUCUAACAACAAAAAUCAACCUAACAGAUCUGAGUACAGAAAUAAAGUUGAGGCCGCCUUACCUUGUCCAGUUGUCACAAGUGGAGCCCGUUAUCAAUGGUUACCAGUUGAGUAUCAACCUUGCCAAGUUGUCAGUUGGCCCUCCCACAAAGUUGGAGCCUUUGGCAUGGCAUGGCAUCAUAGCAGCAGUGUUCUCGGUGUUGCUUGCACUGGUUGGGUUCUAUCGAGGCCUGUCAGUUCUCAGUGAGUUGCAUCUACAGGAGUAUGAUGGACCCAAUGCUGCACAUGCAUAUGUGUUCCUCUGUGAGGGUGUCCUGCGAUAUUUUCAGGUUUAUCUCCUGCUCCGACAUUCACGCUACCGAACUCUGGAAAGCUGGGUGGUGCUGGUGAUCUUGUGUCUAUGCACGGUGCUGCUGUGGGAACUGCGAGACAAUUGGCAGGUGGCAGCAUAUGUUGGGUCAGCGGUCGCGAUGCACAUCAGCACAUUGGUGCGACGCCUGGAGUCCAGACUGCCCAACUACAAUGUAUGACACACGGCGAUCUUCACCAUACUUACUCACGGAAUAUCUAACAUGUGCAACAUGAUAAACGUGGGAUGGCUUUUGGCUGUACUGCAUGAAUCUGUUGGUAAUUCUGCUUUUGUGUUGCCAUGUAGAAACCAGUGGAAAGGUGUUCUUCGUUUUGAAAUGUGCACAGGCACAGAUGUGAAUGUGUUCUUUGCUGUAUGAGGCUAAGGUUCUGCAGCAGAGAGUAUGGUGGCUGCUGUUGUCUGGUCUCUGAUGCCCUUUGCCGUAGUUUCAAGGGACCCAGCUGUCUCCAUCUUCAGGGUAAGUGAUGAAGGGAAUGGGUUCCUCCGAAGAAGUGGUGCCCGUGUACCAACCUGCAGGUCUCACAUCCCAGAAGACAGUAACACCAACACAUUCUUUGCUGUUAUAUCAAUAAUUAAUACUUGUUAUGUUGGGGCAUGUGAUAAUUUCUGUAAAAAUUGAAUAUUGUGUACAGGAGAGACUUAAAUAUAUGUUUGAGUUAUGAAGG